AUGGGGCCCCUCUCAGCGCCUCCCUGCACACUGCACAUCACCUGGAAGGAGCUCCUGCUCACAGCGUCAUUUUUAAUCUUCUGGAACCCGCCCACCACUGCCCAAGUCAUGAUUGAAGCUCAGCCUACCAAAGUUUCUGAGGGGAAGGAUGUUCUUCUACCUGUCCGCAAUUUGCCCCAGAAAGUUGCUGCCUACAUCUGGUACAAAGGGCAAAUAAUGGACUUCCACCAAUUCAUUACAGCAUAUACAAUAGACACUGAAAGAAUUAUAUUUGGGCCUGCAUUCAGUGGACGAGAAACACUAUAUUCCAAUGGAUCCCUGCUGAUCCGAAAUGUCACCAAGAAUGACACAGGAUCCUACACCGUAAAAAUCAGGAACCCAGCUGAGGAGACUAAAGGAGUAAUUGUACAUUUCACCUUAUAUCCGGAGCUGCGCAAACCUUACAUCACCAGCAACAACUUCAACCCCAUGGAGAAUAAGAAUGUUGUAGCCUUAACUUGUGAACCUAAGACUCAGGGCUACACCUACUUGUGGAGGGUAAAUGGUCAGAGCCUCCCGGUCAGUCCCAGGGUAAAGCAACCCGGUAAAACCAGGAUCCUCAUUCUACCCAAUGUCACAAGAAAUGACACAGGACCCUAUGAAUGUGAAAUAUGGGACCGAGUUGGUAGCAUCUGCAGUGACCCACUCACCCUGAAUGUCCUUUAUGGUCCACAAGUCCCCAGGAUUUUCUCUCCAUUUAACUAUUACCGUUCAGGAAAUACCCUCGAAUUGUCCUGCUUCGCGAACUCUAACCCACCGGCAGAGUAUUCUUGGACGAUUAAUGGGAAGUUUCUGCAAUCAGGACAAAAGCUCUCUAUUCCCCAAAUUACUACAAAGCAUAGUGGGCUCUAUGGUUGCUCGGCUCGUAACUCAGCCACUGACAGCGAACGUUCCACAUUCAAGAGGAUCACAGUCGUGACUCGUUCAACAAUAGGACGUCCAUAA